GGCAGUCUCUCAGUAGUGUCAUAGCCAGCAGCUUUAAGUAAUUUUCUUUAGCAUCAGCUGGUAAAACUGGUAUAGUAUAGGGACAUCACUAUGGCUCAAAUUGGCAGGGUUGAGGCUCAAACAGAGGUUAAGUCAUCAGCAGAGAAGAUCUUUGGCUUCUAUAAGAAUCACAUGAAACUUCUUGCUCAAAUGUUUCCUCAGGAUAUUAAGAGCAUCGAAAUAGUAGGAGGUGGUGAUCAAAUCACAACUGGCACUGUCAUGCAUUGGAAAUUUGACCUCGGAGUUCCAAUGGUAGUGAAAUCAAAAAACGAAGCUGUAGACGAGAAGAAUAAAUCAAUGAGCUUUGAUAUGGUUGAAGGAGAUAUGUUGAAGACGUACAGUAGUUUCAAGUCCAAACUUGAGGUUGUUGAAAAUGAAAAUGGUGGUUGCAUAGUUAAAUGCACUCUAGAUUUUGAAAAGGCUGAUGAAGGUGCUCCAAACCCAGAUGCUUACGCCCAUUUUGGACUUAAGAUGGCUAAAGGCAUCGAUGCUUACCUUAACAAAAAAUGAUCAAACUAGCUAUAAUAAUAAUAAUAAUAAGUCUUGCCUAAUUUAUAUCAUAAUUUGUCAGUAGCGUAUGAUUGUGGUUUGCAUGUGAAAUUAAUUAAUAAUUAUCAUAUCAAAUAUGUAUUACUUUCCAUAAAUAAAAGCAUCUAUUCGAAUCUUAUUAUAUA